AUUCAAUGGCAAGGGGUUUGGUUUUGGUUUUUUAGAAUUCUUUUAAGUAUACGAGCGAGUAUGUUAGAAGACCACUGCUUAGAAGAAGUGCUUGUUUUUCCAGAUAUUUGUCUAAAGUCGUCCUCGACAUACUCCUAAAAUCGGUAGGAGAGGAUUAAAGGCAUUUUAUUUAUACUCUGGCUUGGCCCUGUCGUGAAUGAAAUUGAAUCGAACCAACCAAGCUCCACGUUCUUGCAAUUCAGGAGGCCUGUAGUAGCCACGUGCCACCAACAGGUGGCACUCGUUAAAGGCUCCAGGCAGCUGGUCGCCCGAGCACGCCGCUCCGUAGCCCUGUGGUAUCUCCCGGCUUCCGUUGAGCGCCGAGUAAGAUGGCAGCUUCCGAGACGGUUAGACUACGGCUUCAAUUUGAUUACCCGCCGCCAGCCACCCCGGACUGCACUGUCUUCUGGCUUCUCGUCGACUUGAGCAGAUGCCGAGUUGUCACAGAUCUCAUUAGUCUUGUCCGCCAGCGCUUUGGCUUCAGCUCUGGGGCCUUCCUAGGCCUCUACCUGGAGGGGGGGCUCCUGCCCCCCGGCGAGAGCGCGCGCCUGGUGCGAGACAACGAUUGCCUCAGAGUUAAAUUAGAAGAGAGUGGAGUUACUGAGAGUUCUGUAAUAGCCAGUAAUGGUGACAGCACUACUGUAUUACCUAGAAAAGCAAAGAAACGGGCAUUUAAGUCAGAAGAGGAUGAGGAAGAUGAACUAGGUUACAAAUAUUCAAGAAAGCAUUGGAAGAAGCAAGAGAACAACAAUAAUGAGAAGACCCUGGAUCUGGAACCAAAAGCUGUCGUAGGUCAGAAUGUGAGGAAAAAAAACAAGAGGAAGAACAAAGCAACAUGUGAAGUAGUGGGUGAUGAUGAUGAGGAGACCAGAAGAAAAUCACCAAAGAAAAAGGAGAAAGGUGAAUGUAGAAGACAGGUAAAGAAUCCCAAGCCUCCUAAAGCACAGACGGUGAAACAGUGGACCAUCCAGAACUGUAGUCCUCCGAAAGGUUCACCUGGUAGAAACAGCCUUGUUAAAGGCAAAAAGAAAGGCAGGGCAGGCAUUUGUGCAAAAGAUACCCCCAGUUCCUCUUCAGAGUCUGAAUCUUCGCAUGACUCAACCAGUGAUGGUCUCGGCAAUGUUGUUUUGGAGGUGAGAAAGUCCUCAGAAAAAGUAUCAACGGAGUUAUCAAAGGAGGGACCCUCUGUGAAAAACACAACUACAAACAAACUGGUUACAAAAACUAGCUUCAACCUUACCCCUGUCAAGGACAAGGCAGCCAAAACAUCAUCUUCUAGUUCAGACUCUAGUUCAGAGUCAGAUGACCAGAGCAGAGUAUCCCAGAGACCCUCGGAGUGUGCUGCAGGUUGCUUAAAGACAGUGGGCCUCUUGGCGGGAAGAGGCUGUCCAGGGCCAGGGUCAUCAGCACAGACUCCAAGUGCUACUGGAUGGAAGCAUUCUGACUCAAAUGGUGGCAGACAGGCUCCUGGUCCUCCCAACUUGUCUCUCCCCACCAAUUUGGGAAGAGGAUGGGGCAGAGGAGAGGACCUUCUUUCUUGGAAAGGAGCUAGGGGUCGGGGCAUGCGGGGGAGAGGUCGAGGGCGAGGACAAACUAUUCCCUGUGUUUUAAAUAGAAAUAAUGAAUAUCAGAAGCAGCAGCAAUUAAAUGAAAUGAUAACAAACUCAUCUACUAUUAUCCAGAAUCCAGUAGAGAUACACAAGAAGGACUACAGUAUGUUACCACUGUUAGCGGCUGCCCCUCAAGUUGGAGAAAAGAUUGCAUUUAAGCUUUUGGAACUAACAUCUGAUUACUCUCCUGAUGUCUCUGACUACAAGGAAGGAAAAAUACUAAGCCACAAUCCAGAGACCCAGCAAGUGGAUAUAGAAAUCCUUUCAUCUCUACCUGCUAUGAAAGAACCUGGAAAGUUCGAUUUGGUUUAUCACAAUGAAAAUGGAACUGAGGUGGUGGAGUAUGCUGUGACGCAGGAGAAGAGGAUCACUGUUUUUUGGAGAGAAUUGAUUGAUCCAAGACUAAUUGUUGAAUCUGCGAGUAACAACACGUCAAGCACAGAGCUUGCCUGAAUGUCUUGGGUAUAGAAGUCACAGGAACUGGCACAAGUCACUUAAUAGCUCUGAGCCUCACUUUCCUCAUCUGAAGAAGCGGGAAGAACACAAACUCAGAGUUGUGCGAAUUCCUAAGAAAUUGUACAUAUGAAGCACUCCUUGUCAUUAACCCUCUGCCACUCACACACACACCUUCUAUUGUCUGUAGAAGGGGUGAACUUUAGAAAAUGUUAUCUGUUUAUUACCUAGACUUCUAGUUUGUAAAUAAAAAAAAAAUUAGGAAGAGACAAUUAUGAUUCAACUUUAAUAGAGUAAUGUUUUGCUUAACCUUAUAGACCGUUAGUCUUCUG